AUGAGGACCAACAGCCUCCUCGAGGAUGAGGUGCAGGACCCCCUGUUAAGGCUCAGAGGCUCGUGCUUAUCUGAUCUGGAGUGAGAGAGAGCCCAGCCUGAUGGUCUGGAGGAGCAAGACCUGUUCUCGAUGACCAGACUGGCUGUGGUACCUGCUAAGGUGGGCAGGAGGUUUGCAGAGUGCUUGUGAAGGGAGCCUGAGACCUCCCCAGAUGAAGGAGCAGCAUGUCUCCAAAGACAAAUACUCCAUCGUGGGAGCCUCCGGUACAACGUUCCUGCCAGCAGCAUUUCUGCUGUCCACAUGUACAGCACGCAGACAGCAGAGAGCAAGGAGGAGGAGCCCCUGCACACCAUCAUCAGCAACACGGAGAACGUGAAAGGUGCAGCCUCUAAACAUGAGUUUCAGGCUGAAACCAAGAAGCUGCUGGACAUUGUUGCCCGUUCCUUGUACUCGGAGAAGGAGGUCUUUAUCCGGGAGCUGAUCUCCAAUGGCAGCGACGCACUGGAGAAGCUGCGUCACCGGCUGAUGGCAGAAGGGAAGGCAUUGCCAGAGAUGGAGAUCCAUCUGCAGACAGACAGUGGAAAGGGAACCAUCACGAUCCAGGACACGGGUAUUGGGAUGACCCAGGAGGAGCUGAUUUCUAACCUUGGCACCAUUGCUCGAUCAGGCUCAAAGGCUUUUCUAGAUGCUCUACAGAACCAGGCUGAAGCCAGUAGUAAAAUCAUUGGCCAGUUUGGAGUAGGUUUCUACUCAGCUUUCAUGGUGGCUGAUAAAGUGGAGGUGUUCUCACAGUCUGCAGAGCCGGGGAGCCCAGGCUACCACUGGUCUUCAGAUGGUUCAGGGAUGUUUGAGAUUGCAGAAGCAUCUGGUGUCAGAGCUGGGACUAAGAUUAUUAUACAUCUCAAAGAAGACUGCAAGGAGUUUGCAAACGAAGAUCGAGUCAAGGAGGUGGUGACAAAAUACAGCAACUUCAUCAGCUUCCCACUGUACCUCAAUGGAAGAAGAAUUAACACAUUACAGGCACUCUGGAUGCUGGACUCCAAGGACAUUGGUGAGUGGCAGCACGAGGAGUUCUACCGCUUCAUAGCGCAGGCUUACGACAAACCCCGCUACGUCCUGCACUACAAGACCGACGCUCCCCUCAACAUCCGCAGCAUCUUCUACGUGCCUGAGCAAAAACCAUCCAUGUUCGACAUCAGCAGGGAAAUGGGCUCCAGCGUUGCCCUCUACAGCCGCAAAAUUCUCAUCCAAACCAAAGCUGCAGACAUCCUGCCAAAGUGGCUGCGUUUUCUUAGAGGUGUUGUGGACAGUGAGGAUAUACCCCUGAACCUCAGCAGGGAGCUGCUGCAGGAGAGUGCCCUUAUCAGGAAGCUCCGAGAUGUUUUGCAGAAGAGGUUGAUCAAGUUCUUUAUUGACCAGAGCAAGAAGGACCCUGAGAAAUAUGCCAAAUUCUUUGAGGACUACGGAGUAUUCAUGAGAGAGGGGAUUGUCACGUUAGCAGAGCAGGAUGUCAAGGAGGACAUAGCAAAGUUGCUCCGUUACGAAUCAUCUGCCCUGCCCACUGGCCAGCUGACCAGCCUGCCUGACUACGCCUCCCGCAUGAAGGCGGGGAGCAGAAACAUCUACUACCUGUGUGCGCCCAACCGGCACCUGGCCGAGCACUCUCCGUACUUUGAGGCCAUGAAGAAGAAGGACAUGGAGGUCCUGUUCUGCUAUGAGCAAUUUGAUGAGCUGACACUCUUGCACCUUCGGGAGUUUGACAAAAAGAAGCUGAUCUCGGUGGAGACAGAUAUUGUUGUUGAUCACUAUAAGGAAGAGAAGUUUGAGGAGACUCGCCCAGCUGCAGAACGUCUGACAGAGAAAGAGGCUGGGGAUCUGAUGGCCUGGAUGAGAAAUGCCUUAGGCUCUCGAGUCACUGAGGUUAAGGAGACGACACGGCUGGACACCCACCCUGCCAUGAUCACCGUGCUCGAGAUGGGGGCUGCCCGCCACUUCCUUCGCAUGCAGCAGCUGGCCAAGACCCAAGAGGAGCGUGCCCAGCUCCUGCAGCCUACCCUGGAGAUCAACACAGGGCAUACUCUGAUUAAGAAGCUUAGCGAGCUGAAGGACAGUCAGCCUGAUCUGGCCCAGCUCUUACUUGAUCAGAUUUAUGAGAAUGCCAUGAUAGCAGCAGGACUGAAUGAGGAUCCCAGACCGAUGGUGAACCGGCUGAAUGAACUCCUCACCAGAAUCCUGGAGAAGAACUGACCUGCAGAAGACUGAUGGAUGAACUCUGUGCUGAUACUGCUUUCUUCCAGUGCAAUCACUGUCAGCUAUUGCAGCAUCUGCUUGCAGGCACUGUGCAGUGAGGGGUUUGUGUGGCAGAGGGCCAGGGAGAAUGCAGGGGACUUCCAACCCUCCCUGCACAGGGAGGAGCCAGUUGUAAUUAUUAGAUCACGUGUCAUCAACCUGUUCAAAGUGCAGCGCUCUUAGUGGGAACAAAAUCCAGAGGUUGCUGUUAAAACAACAUGCCUGAAUUUCUGACACAAGCCCAGAGAGCUUCAUUUCAUACUGUUUCCAGAAAUGGCCUUUCCCAAAACAGAUGUUGGUAGCAGGAUUCCCAGUUAGUCUGUGAAUACAGCCCCCAUCCACUGAAUCCCUGUGCACCACUGUGCUGCAAACAAGCACUGGCAGAAUUAAUUCAUUUAAGAAACCUCCAGCUCUGACCAGGCAGGAGGAGUUUGCUGGCGUGGAGAUAGAUUGCUGCCAUUAGCAGACACCGAUAGUGUUCAUGGAACACGUUGGUACAAUCCCAUGGCAGAAGAGAUCACCAAGCUGCUGGAUAAUUGAGUUCAUCCUGGUCUUGCUGUGGAGAAAGGGAAGUAACUGGGAAACAGCUUCCCAGCAUGUGGCUUUCUGGAGAGUCUCCAGGGUUUUUGCCUCCUCUGUGGGAUAAACUGCAUGUCUAGCCAAUCUGUAUUUAUGAUAAAUAAACUUCUCUUCUUUUCCA